CCCCAUUGGUAGGUCAGUGGCGUUUACCCCCUCAUCUCCACCUGAGUGCAUUUUGUGUUGUGAAUAACACAAAAACUCUCGCUUUAGGGACCUCCGAUGGGGCUUGUUAUUUGCUGCGGCUAGACAGCAGCAGCAGCAGCAGCAGCAGCAGCAGCAGUUCAGCAGGCAUUCCAGGGGCCCUGCUGAGGCUGCCCACGCCGAGGGUAACUCCCGUUCCUCUAACUGCUAGACCUACUGUGCUGUUGAGUCUGCUGCUGCAGCAGGAGCAGCAGCAGCAGCAGCAGCAGCAGCAGCAGCAGCAGCAACGGCGAUGGGUUGGAGGUGUGCCCAUUCCAGCAGCAGCAGCACGCGCUGCUUUAUCUCUGUCUCGUUUAUUGUACAGCUAUGGAGGGGAGCGAGUGGUAGGGAAGCGUUCUGGUGCAGGGUCAGCAGCAGCAGCAGCAGCAGCAGCAGCAGGGGCAGCAGCAGCAGGAGCAGCUGCUGCUGGCAGCAGCGUGGCUUGUCUGACUCACCUCGACACGUGCUUAGAACAGCUGCUGCUGUAUGCUCUACGCAAUGGGGUUAUGGGGGGCUGGGAUUUAAGAAUGUCUUCGCCUAUAUUUUUAACACAGACCCCUCCUUGGUUAGGGGCCCCCUCAGCUCAAGCAAUAGAAGCAGAGGCCCGGUGGUUGCUGCUGGGGACAACUGCAGGUUUGCUGCUGCAGUUUGAUCUGCGCAUGCAGCAGGUUCUCAGAGCCUGGCAGCUGCAGCCUCCAGCAGCAAUCAAACAGCUCCUCUUCGUAUGCCCUCCUGCUGCUGCUGCUGCACUCAACAGCAGCAGAGCGGCACGCGCCAGCUUGAAAAAACAACAGCACCAGCAGCAGCAGCAGCAGCAGCAGCAGCAAGAUAGCCCCACCUGCUGCAUGCUUGCACUCAUAGAACAUGAGGCUUUCCCGUUGCUGCUGCUAGACCUGCAAGAGGGGACAGUUGUUACUGCUUAUAAUACUUCUUGCUCCUCAGACGCCACAUUAGCAGCAGCAGCAGCAGCAGCAACAGCAGCAGGAGGCGGAACAUCAAGCUGCUUGGGGGGUGAGGGCUACGUGUUACCCCGUCUUGUUGCUCUGCCAGUGGAGGUGCUGCUGCUGCCAUCUGCAUGCAGCAGCAGCAUUCUGCAGGAGCCAAGAGAGACGGGUAUGCUAGGCGGUGCAGCAGCAGGAGCUGCAGCAGCACACAGCAUUAAGUGUAUAUGGGCGCCACCUCCUUUGAGGGGCCCCUCGGGUUUUGUUUUAUCGGGAGGUGAAGACAGCUGCGUGCGGUGCUGGGAUUUAGCUGAGGAGCGAGCAGUGCUAGCAGCAAGACUAGGAGGAGACACAACCCCCCCUCAGCAGCAGCAACAGCAGCAGCAGCAGCAGCAGCAGGUGUGCGGAGCAGCAGCAGGAGGGAUAUUCGAGACAGCAGCUGCAGCAGGUGUCUGCUCUGAUCUUAUGCUUCUAGAUAGAGAUCUUGUGCAGUCUUACUGUGUCUUAGGGCCCCCCAAUGCAUGCCGAUGCAGAGAUAGAGACAGCGGGGUAGGUCUUGCUGCUUCUCUCUCAAUAGGGGGUGUGCACGUGCUGCAGCAAGUUUGCUGCCGCUCUCCUCAAGGUCGGCGGUUCCUGCGACACGCAUCCCCAGCAGCAGCAGCAGCAGCUGGUACUGCUGCUGCUGGGGUGCAGGGCAUGGAGACAGCGCGAGGAGACAGCUGGGAGGCGCUGCUUGCAGCAGCAGACUCAGGUGAAGAAGAUCAUAGAGGAGACACCUCCCCACGAGCAGCAGGAGACAGUUUGCUUCGCAACGGGCGAGACUUAAUGACGCUGGGCACGGGCUGCAGCAACAGCAACAGCAACAGCAGCAGCAGCAGCAGCAGGGGGGGCGGGUUUAUAGGGGACUUGGAAGGGGGUUGCUGCUGCUCACCUCCAGCUGCAGGCUGCGAAUUUGCUUCUUGGGCCCCUUCAUGGGACGACGAGGAGAGCAGCAGCAGCAGCAGCAGCAGCAGCAGCGCAGCAAGAGGGUUUGGGGGGCCCCUGCCUGUACACCGCGACGCCAUCACAGGCCUUGCUGUAAUAGGGCAGGUGGAUUUAUAUUUAGUUACAGCAGCUGUAGCUGUGGGGGCAGCAACUGAUGCUGGAGCCGCAGGUGCAGCAAGUGAUGCUGCUGCUGCUGCUACUGAUCCUGUUGCUGCGGAGGCAGCAGCUGAUGUUGCAGCUGAUGCUGCAGCUGCGGGUGCAGCAGGUGGUGCUGCUGCUGCAGCUGGUGGUUUAGUGGCUGAUGCUGCUGCAGCGUUUGAUGCAGCAUCCAAUGCUGCAGCAGCUGCUGCUGCUGCAGCAGAUGCUGCUUGUGAUGCAGAUGUCACGCAUACUUUUGAAAUUAGUCUUAGCAGCCACUACCGCAGUUUAUAG